AUGUCUUCGUCAGAAGAUGAUGUUCCACUCGCCAUGCUGAACGGCCGUCGCACUAACGGCACAUCCUCCGCGACCUCUGCAUCGACGAACGGGAAAGGGCCCAUUCUACCGGACAGAAUCCCAAAAUCUGUAGACAAAAAAGCUGACAAGGAUUUUGAUGCGAUGGCUGUCGAUUAUCCCACGGGAGACCGGGCUGGUGUCCCAAUUGUGAAUAUUGCUGUUCGAGAGGAAUUAGACAAUGGGAGGGCGAAAAGGAAGGGAAGAAAACCAGCAAUUAAGGAGGAAAGCAGUGAUGAUAGCGAUACUCCACUGACAAAACGCCGUAGAACAAGUAACGGCGUCAAAGCAAGUACGAUAGUUGAGUCAUCUGAUGAUGAUGUACCCUUAGCCAAGAGGGCAGCAGCAUCAAAAACCCGCACGAAUUCAGCAUCAAAGGCCGCCAACAAGAAGGCUGCUGCUGCCAAAGAUGAAUCGUCGGAUUCAGACACCCCUCUAGCCACGAUGAAGCUUGCUAAAGAAAAAAGGAAGAUCGAAAACAAAGCUGCGGCAACUGCAAAGGAACUCAGAGCGGAGGAUAAGAAGGCUGCUAUCAAGGCGAACGGGAUAAAGCGGAAGUCAGUUAAGGACGAAAGUGAUAGCGAUGUUCCGUUGAAGGCCAAGAGGAAACCAGUUGUAAAGACGAAUGGCGUCAAGCAAGAGUCUUCGGAUGACGAUGUUCCUUUGGCGAAGAAAGCUAAAGCUAUUUCUAAGAAUGCAGCAACUGCCAAGGGGAAAGCGGUCGAUAACAAAAAGGCGGUGGUUAAAGGAAAGGCAAAGGCUGCCAAGGAGGAUACGCCCGCUGGUGCUGAGACUGCCGAGGACGAAGAGUAUAAAUGGUGGGAAAAUCAAGCAGAAACGGAUGGGACUCAAAAAUGGACUACUUUGGAGCAUAAUGGAGUUCUUUUUCCACCAGCGUACGAGCCAUUGCCAAAGAAUGUCAAGCUGAAGUAUGAUGGAGUUCCCGUUACUUUGCCACUUGCCGCAGAGGAGGUUGCUGGAUUUUUCGGACACAUGUUAAAUUCUACUCAUGCUACAAAUCCUACAUUUACUGCAAAUUUUUUUAAAGAUUUCCAGAGAAUUUUGAAAGAAUCGGGGGGGGCCAAGGACACCACCGGCAAGAAAGUCCUUAUCAAGGAAUUUGCAAAAUGCGACUUUACUGAUAUGAAUAAUUAUUUCGUUGCUGAAGCUGAGGCGAAAAAGAAUUUAAGCUCGGCGGAGAAAAAAGCGAUCAAAGCAGAGAAAGACAAGGCCGAGGAAAAGUACUUGCACUGUUUGCUCGAUGGCCGGAAAGAAAAGGUCGGCAAUUUUCGCAUUGAACCCCCUGGGCUGUUUCGUGGUCGUGGAGAGCACCCAAAGACCGGUAUGGUCAAACAGAGGGUUCAACCAGAACAAGUCACAAUCAAUAUUGGCAAUGGAGUACCCGUACCCCCACCACCCCCAGGUCACAAGUGGGCCGAUGUCAUCCAUGACAAUACUGUCACCUGGUUGGCUACAUGGAAAGAGAACAUAAACGGCAACAUUAAGUACGUUAUGUUGGCAGCCACUAGUAGCUUGAAGGGAAUGAGCGACUUCAAGAAAUUUGAGAAGGCGAGGGAACUUAAGAAACACAUUGAUCGUAUCCGUGCCGACUAUGGUCGUGAUCUCAAGUCCGAACUUAUGGCCGAUCGCCAGCGCGCUACUGCGAUGUAUCUUAUUGAUAGACUUGCUCUCAGAGCUGGUAAUGAGAAGGGCGAAGAUGAAGCUGAUACUGUUGGCUGUUGUUCACUCCGAUUUGAGCAUGUCACUUUGAAAGCACCCGACUUGGUAAUUUUCGAUUUCUUGGGUAAGGAUUCCAUCAGGUUUUACCAGGAAGUUCCUGUUAUUCCUCAGGUAUUUAAAAACAUGAGGAUCUUUAAAAAGGCGCCUAAGACCACGGGUGAUAUGAUUUUUGACAGAUUGGAUACGAGUCAAUUGAAUAAGCACCUUCAGAAUUACAUGCCAGGACUCUCAGCUAAGGUUUUCCGUACUUACAACGCCUCCUGGACUAUGCAACAACAGUUGGCAAAAAUCCCCAACGAGGGUUCUAUUCAUGAUAAAUAUGCCGCUUAUAAUGAGGCUAAUAAGGCAGUCGCUAUUCUUUGCAAUCAUCAACGUACUGUUAGCGCAAGCCACGAGACCAUGAUGCUAAAAGCAGAAGAGAAGAUAAAAGCUCUACGUUACCAGAAGCUGCGCUUGAAGAGACAAAUUCUCUUUCUCAAGCCCGAGUUGAAGAAGAAAAGAGCUGCUUUCUUUAAACCGGACCCCGAGAUUGACGACAAGAAUUGGAUUCUGGAGCAUCAGAAAUUUCUUAUUGAGCAAGAGAAGGAGAAAAUACGCAAGAAGUUUGAGAAGGAGAACGAGAAGGCUGCCGAGAAUGGUGAGAAGGAGCAAAAGCCCAGCGAGUUGAAGGAGCGACUUAAAGCUGUUAGUGAAUUGGAGGCCGAAUUCAAAGCAGAGAACAAGACUGGUGCCGUGGAACCAAAGACGAAAGGGGCUACGGUUGAAAAACUCGAAGCUCAGAUUGAGAAGAUGGACGAGAAAAUCCUGAAGCAGGAAACUGAGGCUAAAGUCCGUGAGGACAACAAGACCGUUGCAUUGGGAACUAGUAAGAUUAAUUACAUUGAUCCCCGAUUGUCGGUCAUGUUUUGCAAAAAAUACGAUGUACCUAUCGAGAAGGUCUUCGCGAAAACUCUCCGUGAGAAGUUUAAGUGGGCCCUAGAAUCGGCAGACGAAGACUGGGAGUUUUGA